GCUGACACGUAGGCAUCACCAGUGCAGAUCAGUCCGCUGCUGGCCUUUGCUGUCAGUGUACUCUAUCGUUCGUCGACUUCAUACUUUAUUAAUCGAAAAGAAUAAAGAAAAUAAGUAACACAAGUCAUGGAUCUAAGCGUAAUAUUGCAACCGCAAGUUACGGUACCAGUAUGUUUUGUAGUGAUUUGCGCAAUCCUGACGUUCGUUUUUGGUUUCAAGAAAACCGAGCAACCGCCCUUCGCCCAUUUCUCAAGCAUCGCCGACGCUGAACGAAAAACUCAAGCUCAUUCCAAGAAAAAAUCCAAGAACAAGGAGAAGCGAGCAGCCAAUGGUCAAGUGACAACGGAAAAGGCCAGUCCAUCGAAAAAAUCGACUCCCAAAACCGAGACAUCGGCCAAAAAGAGUAAUAAGUCCGACGAGAUUGACGGUAAAAUCAAGGAACGUAAACAGGACGACAACAAGACUUCCAACAAUAAGAAGGAGAAAUCUCAAGAGGUUAAGAACAAGGAGAAUAAAGUGGAGCAGACAAAAAAUAAGAAGAACUUGAAGAAUUCACUUCAAGAGAAACCUGUUGAUUACGAUGAAGGUGACUGGGAACUCGCCUACUCUCGUAAAGAAAAAUUAAAAAAGAAGAAAGAAGAAGAGACACCUUCUAAAAAAUCAAAGAAAUCCAAAAAAGCUGAGAAUGAGCCUGCUAACAAUAAGGAACAUGAAAAAACUGAAGUAAAGGAUAAAGUUGCUAAAGAAACCGAAAAUAAGGAGUUGAAGGAGAAAGAUAGCAAAGCUAUUUUGAUCUCUAACAAAAACGUUGAACAAGAUAAAGUGGUUGAAAAGGUUGAGGAAGUUGAAAAAGUACAAUUUUUUGCAACUGAAUCACCGAAAGUAGAGAAAGAGGAGAAAAAGUAUAAUAAGGGCAAGAAGGCCAAGAAAAACAUAGAAGCCGACUCAGUAAAACCGAUCUCCGAAACAUCACCGAAACCUGAUAAUGUGACCGCUGAACCUGCCGUUGAAAAUAAGCCUGUCGAAACUCUCGCCAAAGUUGAGAUGGUUGUGAUUGAACAGAGUGAUGAGAAGGCUGGAGUUAUUGCAUUUGACGAAUUAGGAGACGUCUGGAAGGAAGCGAAAGCCCCAAAAAAGAACAAAAAGAAAACUCGUAAGGACAAUUGAGGAUAAAUUAUUGGCCGUUGAAAAUAUAGACAAGUUCCUUGCCCCUCAGGGAUAAUCAAACGAGAUUUUCAUCUCGUUUUCUCCCAUGUAUAUAUGCAAGAAAACUUCAAAUAAGUAAAUUCUUAUUAGGAGAGCUCGACGACGACAAAAAGCUGCCUUAAUAUAUUUCUCAUUAAGAGAAAUAGGCAUAUACAUGUUUUUUUUUUCUAAAUGCAGCUCUUUAUCCAAAAUUUUGCUAGGUAAAAUUUAACGUUGAGAGUUAUUUUAUCUCUUUUUGUAUUGUAGUCACUGUGUCAGUACAGAAGUUCGAAAAUUUCAUAGUCAAAAAUAUCAAUGUGGAUGACAUUAAAGGAAUCCUCUUGAUAUUUUAUUUGUUUUAAAAAGUCGUUGUUCGUGUUUUGUAGCAAUUCGGGAUCAAUAGUUUAUAUAACUAAUGGAAUGUUUAUAGAAAAGCGUGUCAAGUGAACUAACACCUUUUUAUUUCAUUUUUUUAAUGUAAAAGUGUUUGUUGUAUUGUCUACAUGAGGUAACUUGAUUAUAGUUAAGGAACUUAUUGAUAGUUUUGAUGUUCAUGAGUCUAGUUAAAUGAGUUGUUAAAUUUAGAAAGAAUUCAUAAAAAUGUUUUUUUUUACAACAGUUUUAUGUCGUUUGAGCCGAAUUAAAAAAAAAUCUUUAAAUGUUGACAAAAAUUCAGAUCAACUAUUGUAUCAUAUUAAACUUAGUUUUCAGAAAGUACAACGAUUUAUUACAAAUCAACAGUUUCUAAGAUUAUUAUUGAUAAUUAUUACUGUAUCUUUAAUAAAGAUUCUUUAUUGUUAUUAUUAUAUUACGCAUGCACUAAUGUUUGAGUAUGAUAGUCAUAUAGAUGUUCGCAUGUGUAAUAAAUAGCGAAAAGGGCAAGAAUUCUAUUCAAGAAUUCGGUUACUUUGUUGUAUCACUUGAUCUGCGGUAAGCUGACGCGAGAUGUAAAGUUGUAUAAAAUGUAAGAAUUUCGAACUGGAAAGUGGAUAAAUAUAACUGUAGAAUUUUAUAAUUAACAUUUAUUGACAACAAAUAUUUAUUCAAAAUGAUGUAAAAAUGUUCGUUUCAGCUCCCUGAUGAUAAGAAAUGAUAUUAUAAUCAUUAUACAUAGAUUGUCGACGUAAAUUAAUUCACUAUCUUGAACAAAUUACAAGAUAUAUUUCAACAUGCCAUAAUUUUCCAGCUUAUUCCAAAAUGUUUUAUAUUUAAAAAUAGUUAGCAAUCGCUUGAUUCUGCCGUAACAAUUAAAAAUGCUAAGAAUAUUUUGAUUAAAAAUUCUUUUAUGGUUCAAUGGUAUACAGAUGUUUCAGAAAUCAUUGAGUCAUCAUUGAAGUUCUAUCGUAAUAAUAUACAAAGUUGCUGUGUCUACUGCACUUUGAUACUUAUUUGAUAAUGUCAAAGGUUAUUACAAGCAUACUAUAUACAAGUAUGAGAUAAUCGCUUUUUAUAUAUUAAUGUGUGCUUUUAUAAAUAUAUACAGCUAAACAGAUGUUUAUAAUGCAAAAUAAAUCUCUAUCGUACUUAAAUUAACGAAAAUAAGUACGAAGGAAGCGACAGCAUUAAUUGAUGAUUUAAUCUUUGCCAAAGGCUGUUUAGGUAGCACUGAUUUUGAAUGUGAAAUAUUUUUGUAUAAGCCGAUUAUUGUUUAUUUAUGUAAGUAUUUACUCUGAAAGUUGAAAUAAUUAUUACUCAAGUUUUUCAUAAAAGACAAAAACGUAAUAUGGAAAAGCCGUUUGAGUGGUUUGAUUUUGAAAAAUGUAUAACCUUCAACAAAUUUUUUAUAAUACUAAUAAUCGUAUCGGAACUGUACAUAGCACCUUGGGUAAAUAUUAUGUAGAUGUUGUAUCAAAACAGUGACUGAUGAUUGUGUUUAAAUUAGAAACAAUACAAAAAUGUGCAAAAUUUCACAAAAAAAAAAACUGCUGAGUCAAACAUAUUGCAGCUACUGUAAAUAUGUACAUUAAACAAAAUAUUUGGAAAGAACGGCAAAUACUCAACAGUUUUCAGUUUUUUAAUGAAAUAAAUAUUAUUUACUGUUAUCCACGAUCAAAGACUUUUAAAGUUGAGUACUUGCAGUUCUAUUAGGAAGACUGUCUGAAGCUAUGGUGUUUGCCCGAUGAGACUGAACAUUCCAUUUCUCCGCUUUAAUAUAUAUACUAAGGGAGAAUAUUUAAACUCGAAAAAAAAACUUUCAUUGGUACCCAUAGUCUUCCAAUAAACAUGGAUAAUUCAGACUAAUUCCUAUUUGAUAUUACGUGUAUCUAUAAACAAUUAAUAACGUUGUAAACACGUUGAAGCAGGGGAUUGUGAAAAUAAAUAAAAUAAAAUGUUUGCUGAUACAGAUAUCUUUUUCGAUAUUAUCGCUAAUGUAUUUAUCAAACAAACUAGUGAUUUCCAUUUCUUCCACUGUCAUUGUGUUCACGCUUUGACGAACAAGUAGAAAGCAUUUUUGUAUAAAAAAAAAAUAAAUAAAAACAGCGUUCUGUAAUUUUAUUUUUAUUCGACCUGCUUGUUAAAACAGUAUCGGUGGAAAAGCUUGCCGAUUAUGCAAGUUUAUUUCACAGGGUGUGGGUCUGAUUUAAGUGCGUAUUUAGAAUAAAAAGCUUUCGCGUCAAGCGUUGCUGUGCAACAAUUUUUCUCUCCCCGCUCUGCUACGUCCGUAAUUUUAUCUCGAUCAAAAGCAAAAGUUUUUGGCGCUAUAAAUUAUGUAAUAGGUAAUUAUUAAUUACUGUACGCUGUGUAUGCAUAUAUCUUAUAAGCGUAGCAAAAUUUCGACGUACAAUUGCUGGGUUAUCAUUUCGAUUAAGUGGAAAAAUAAUAGCGAAGGUGAGUACGUGAGAAACGUGCAAGUUAGGUUUCCGGGUGUGAGGAUGAUUUGCUAACGUGUAUAUCUGGUGUGUGAUACGCAAUUAACGGAAAGACGAUUAUAAAAGUGACAACAGCGUAUGCGAUUAAUAAAGAUUAUA